ACUGAAAUAAAUAAAUGAAACUGAAAUAUUAAUACUGAGCAGAUGAAGGUGUGGGGCCAGGCAUGGUUCUGGACACGCCACCACCUGUUUAACACGGCAGUGUCAAGUUUGUGUUUGCAGUAAAGUCUAUUAAUUAUAUUGAAAACGGAGGUUAUAUGAAAACAAUGGUUUAUGUUUUUUGUUUUUAUCUGGAACUCUAUGAGAAUGGAAGCAGUCAGGAAGUUGACACAGCACACAUGCAGCUGACGUUAGAUCUGUUCAUCCCAGCAUUCAAGGAAAUCUGAGCCUGGCUUCACACCUCUAAGUUGCGAUUUAACAUGAAUUCAUGCAUAACACAAGUAGUAUUAUUUUCAACACCCUUUGCUAUGUCAGCUGAAUUUAGCUCUCAUGAAUAUUCAUUUUGCAGCCAGACAGCCGAAAUUGUGUGCUUGGAGUUUUGGGUUAACAUUCAUUUUGAAGAUACGACGGCUUCCAGGAAUGUUUAUGACCAUUUGCCCUCUCAUAGUGCGCCAUAACAGCCCGUGUGAUGAAUUUGGGAAACUUUUUAACUCUGUCAUGAAUAUAUGAAUGCGUAUAGACGUGUUAUUCAUGUGUGACUGUGUUUAUAUAUACUCUUUGGUUCUUUCGGUAAAGUCACGUAGGUAGAAAUAAAAGAAGUAAUAUUUAAAAAAAAAUUUAAAACACGCUUUUAUAAAAUGUACUAGUAAUGGAAAAACUCCACGACUCCAGGAAGUGGCCCCGAGGCUUGUCGUAACACAAGCGACCGUGGUCAGUUACAGCCAAUGCCAGUUUACCGUGGACAAUUAGACCCAAGCCAAAACAUAACAUGUACAAAAGAUUGUUUAAAAUGUUUUUAUUUAAUGAUAUAAUAUAGUAUUGGCAUCAGUAUGGCAUAAGUAUACCAAGUUUGCAGUCGAUACCACAUUGGGAAGUGGGUUAAAAUGGAGUUACAAGAUUUGAGGAUACAACAACGACAACAAUGACAACAACAACAGACAGAGUGAGUUAAAUGAAAGCGUGUAUUAAAAUAAAUCACGCAAGAACAUCUCAGCUAUCGCGAUUUUCACCCCAAGACGAAUGCUUGUGUUGUGUUCGAAACGUCAUUUAUGUUAUUUUUACCUACGUGACUUUACCGAAAGAACCACAUAGAGUAUGGAUUCUUGCAGUCAUGAAAGCUUCAAAUUAAGAUUGUGUACAUAUAUAUGCGUAUAUUCAUUCCUCUGUGCCUCAAUACUGACGUGUAGAUGGUAUUUUCUGUCGGGAAAAUGUCAAAACUGGGUGGUUUUUAACUUUUGCCGACAAAACUGGAUCCCAAAUGUCAAAACUGGGUGGUCUUGGAAAACGACAGGCAAAACAGGGUGGUGCUUUUUGAUAUGACAAAACUGGGUGAUGUUCAAUGUGGACAAAUGUCAAAACUGGGUGAAGGUGUACGAUUUAAUGUAUCAUUUUGUACACGUUUAGGUCCUUGCGUUAUUCAUCCAUAUGUCGCCACAGAUUUAGAGCAUUCCAAAUGAUGUUUCUCGUGGCUCAUGUUCCAUACCUUGCACCACAAACUUCCCGUUUGCAUACUGGCACAGUGUGCCAGCUCGCUUACUUGCCGUUUGUAUACUGGCACAGUGUGCCAGCUCGCUACUACAGUAACACUUACUUGCCAUAUGUAUACUGGCACAGUGUGCCAGCUUGCAACUACAGUAACACUUUCAGCUCGCGAACAUACACGAACUUGCCAUUUGUAUACUGGUACAGUGUGCCAGCUUGCAUGCUACACCUACUACAGUAGAACAACGGUAGAUAGUGUUUGCGUCGAGAAGUAUGGUGCUGCACACUUAGAACAAAACAUGUUUGUUACAUAUAUAUAACUACUUCGACGGGCAAGAGCACUUGUUGUGGCCCUUGGCGCGACAGAAGGAGCACCGCGUGAGGCCCAAUGGGCCACCUUCGCCACGGUUGCGAAUCCGACGCUUCUUCAGGCGGCCAGCCUUCUUCUGGCGAGGAGGUGGCAUCAUGGUGUUGUCGCGUUGCAGCUCCUCGGCAAUGGGCAGCUCGAUACCGGCAACCGAGGUCCAUGUCGUGUUGAUGGCAGAGACUUGGUAACACACCGCACAUGCGUCGUAGAGCUCGGGCAUCCGCCCAAACGCCAUGAGGGCACGAAUGUAGUGCCGACACGGCAAGCCCAUCUGCUUCAUGUACCCGCACGUGCACGACCGAGAGCUGAGAUCGACUCGGCGCUUGGCAGAGGCGUAGGCGUCUGGAUUCUUGACGUAUGCACGCGUCGAGGUACUCUCGUAGAUCUUGUACCUCGGGGCCAACGCCUGCUGAGCGUCGAUGAGUCCUUGAGCGUACGGCGUAAUGACACGCCCUUGAGCGGCCCACUUCUCGGCGUCGCUGCGGUGGGCAAAGGCCGUCGUCAUCAUGUCUUCCAUGUGGUGCAUGAGGAAGUGGAAGGGGUCCAUCUCGCGAGCCGGCAGGGCCUCGCUGUUCGUGGACUCCACAAAGUUCGUCGUGCGCCAGCCGUACAAUGGCGUCGUGUGCAGGUGCGGGUAGAGCGCCCACGUGUGGGGGUCGAUCUUGUUGUAGUACGUGGCCGCCGCAGGCAGAGCUACGCCCAAGCAGCCCAAGGAGCUGCGGAACGCGGCCUCGGAGGCGCACCCUUGGGCAUUGUAGAUGAUGCCUUGGAGGUCAGGCGUGAACGCGGAGCCGAUGUUGUCCACGCCGUUGCAGAUCAAAUGCCGCGUGCAGUGGAUGAGCAUGAGGUCCUUCCAGUCGGAGGCUAGGAUGCCCGUGCCACGAUCGCAGAAGACCGGCGUGCCGUCGAGCUCGAUGUCGUUGGUCGUGCAGCAGUUGAGAAACCAGUCGUAGGCCGCUGCCGUCUCGGACGGCACCAGCGCCACGGCGAGAAGGACGUUGCGGUUGUUGCCGUCGCGCCCAACGAGGACGAGCAUGGUUCCGUUGUAGGCGCGCGCCUUCAUGUGCGACCCGUCGAUGCCGACGACGCGUUGAAGACUUGGCUGCAACGAGCGUGCGAUCGGGUUGCAGAUGAACGCACCCCAGAAGAUGCCCGCGUCUUCUCGCACACUGCAGGUCGUCGCUUUGAGCUUGCCGAACGUCUCCACCAGCGAGUUGAUGAACUCGAAGCCUGCAUGGGCCGCACUCUCGUUCGCCGCGAUGCACGUGUCCUUGGCGCGGUACAUCAUCCGGGUCGGGACAAUGACGCGAGCAACGUCGGCGACCUGGGCAAUGACAGUCGGUGCGGAGAAUUGGUCUGAUGGAACACAGGCAGUCAGCGCGGCUCGGUACGGCAAGGCAACAAUGGGACCAGCGUGCAUACAUCACGGUUCGGACUGGAAGUUUGACACAGCACCAGAAAAAACACACGGGAGAGAAACCCUUGAAGUGCAGUGUGUGUGGGAAGGCAUUUUCACAUUCAUCUGAUCUUACAAAACACCAGAGAACACACACAGGAGAGAAACCCUUCAAGUGCAGUGUGUGUGGGAAGGCAUUUUCACAGUCACAAAAUCUUACGCAACAUCUUGCACAACACCAGAGAACACACACAGGAGAGAAACCCUUCAAGUGCAGUGUGUGUGGGAAGGCAUUUUCACAGUCAUCUUAUCUUACAAAACACCAGAGAACACACACAGGAGUGAAACCCUUCAAGUGCAGUGUGUGUGGAAUGGCGUUUGCACGUCCAUCAAAUUGUCGAAUACACCAGAUAACACACACAGGAGAGAAACCCUUCAAGUGCACUCUGUGCGGGAAGGCGUUUGCACGGUCACAAGGUCUUAAAGAACACCAGAGAACACAGACGCAUCAGAAAAUCCACAAGGAGUGGAGUCUGAAAUCAGCUUGUGAAAGUCAAAGUGCCGUAAGGAGCCCAUCCCUCAUGAAACAAGUACCGGAAGAAAAUCCCAGCUUGGGCACUUUUAAAGGUAUCAAGGCAGAAUUUGAAGAAGUGAUUGUGAAAUGUGAAGAGGUGACGGUGAAGAGCGAAGAAGUGAAGGUAAAAUGUGAAGAUGAAGAUUUGACUCCAAAAUGGGACCUUCACAUCGAUGGAGGCAACGUGAAGCAGGAGGGGAAUUCUGACUGUGAUGUAGAGGGAGGCAACUCACAGCAGUUUGUGGAAGUGGAGGUGUGGGUGGACUUCCUAGACAAUACAAAGUCAAAUGGAGACCCGGUAGAUGUGUAAGCUUGACGAUGUCGCUCCCAAUAGAUGCACCUUUGUCACAAAUAUUAGGUUCAACCUGCAGGGUCUGUUAGUAGGGUAGAUAUCUCACCAGGAGCCUCAGUGAUUCACACUGAACCCUAUUGGAGCCUUCAUCUGGCUCUGUUUAAUGAAAUGUACUGUCCGAGCUGCCCCCUUCCCCCAUCGCAACUCCCCUCCUUCCACAUGCCCCGCCCCUGGGCGUAUCUCCCCGAGGCUUGCCGUGACGUAAGGGACCGUGGUGAUUUACAGGCAACGUCAGUUGAGCGGGGACAAUUCGAGCCGUUAAAAAGAUUGUUUAAAAAUAUUUGUUUUUUAAUGAUAGAAUAUAGUAUUGUCAUCAGUAUGACAUACCUAUACGACGUUUGCAUUCGAUACAUUGGGAAUACGGUUGAAAUUGAGUUAAAAGAUUUUUGGAUACAACACAUACAGUAAGUUAAAUAAAAGCGUGUAAAAUGUAAAAAAUAUAUGUUUUGGAUUUUUUUAAUGAUAUAAUAUCGUGUUGUCAUCAGUUUGACUCAGCUCGCUAUACCAAGUUUGCAGUUCAUAGCACAUUGGGAAGUGUGUAAAAUUUGAGUUACAAGAUUUUGUUUUUGAGGAUACAACAGACGAAGUGAGUUAAAUAGAAACGUGUAAAAAAUUAACCUGUAAAAACAAAGUUUUUCACUAUAAAUCCUUUAUAUGCGUGGCAUCGGUUUCAUUUUAUUAUUCAUUUCUGUUUUUCUUGAGUAAGAGUUUCAUUUUUAUCACAUUGGUAUUUCAAAUUAAAUAUAAGGAAAGUCGUAUAUAAGCAUUAUAAGGUUUUCAGUUUUUGUAUGAUUGUUUAUAUUGUACAUUUUUGUUCUUUUUUUGAAAAAUUUUCUAUGUUUAGGAAAAAUAUAUGAUUGUGUUAGUGACAUUUUUUUUUCCUAAAAAGUGGAAAAUUUUGGGAAAAAAAUUUCACGAAAAUAAAUUGUCACGCACAACGAGUCUGUGCAAAAUAUUCUUUGGUUCUUUCGGUUAAGUCACGUCUAUUAUUUUAAUUUAUUGUUUUAUCUUUAGACGUGACUUAACCGAAAGAACCAAAGAAUAAUUCCUGCAGUCACGAAAGCUCCAAAAUUAAGAUUAUAUGCAAAAUGUCAGCUCGAUUGGAUCACGGGAAGUGGGUUAAAAAACGACCGAAAGAUUUGCACGGCCGUAAGCGCGCAAGCAAGCAAGUGAACUUAAUAUAAAGGAUUUAAAAAUGAUUGCGAUCAUCUUCUUGGUCCUUUCGGUAAAGUCACGUAGAAGGGAAAUAAUAAAAAUAAAAU